GACAUUAGCGGGAUACCACCAAUCUCUUCCGGGUUCACUCCGACUCGCAAAGGUUGGAAAUGAACCUAUGAAGACAUAAUUUAUGUACAUAACCACGUUUCCCCGAUAAAGGGAGAAGUUUUACUGUUAUUUUUGCACCUGUGAGCUUUAUUGAAGCUUGUAGUUGUUGAAGCCGCUGCUGGUUUAGCUCUCCGUGUAAGUUUAACAUGUCUGCGGAGGAAGCGGACAAAACAGCCACCACUGAUGCCAGCGCCGGAGACGAGGAGGAGGAAUGGCUGUAUGGAGAUGAGUCAGAGAGCAAAGACGAGGAUGAAGAAGCCAAGCUGAACGCUGCUGUCAGUGCCCCUGCUGAUGCUUCAACAGAUGAUGCUGCUGCGCACGCUACAGGAAAUGGAGUUGCCUCUGAGGCCACAGGUGAGGCUGCAGGCGAGGAUGUGGAGAGCGACAGCGACAGUGACGAUGACGACGAUGAUGUCCGUGUCACGAUUGGAGACAUAAAAACCGGAGCGCCACAGUACACAACUUAUGGAGCCCCACCUGUCAACCUCAACAUCAAAUCAACAGGCUCCAGACCUUAUGGACAAGUUUCCGCAAAGCUGAAGGGAGUGGAUCUCGAUGCACCUGGAAACAUUAACGGUGUUCCAGUGCUAGAGGUGGACAUGGAGUCUUUUGAAGAGAAACCAUGGAGGAAACCAGGAGCCGAUCUGUCAGACUACUUCAACUACGGCUUCAAUGAAGACACAUGGAAGGCUUACUGUGAAAAACAGAAGAGGCUGCGUAUGGGCCUCGAGGUCUCUACAGUUGGCUCAGUGACAAGCAAGAUCACUGUUCAGCAGGGCAGAACUGGUAAUGAAAAAGACAUACCCAGUUUGCCAGUUCACACCUCAAAGCCAGACUUCACAUCUCCUGUCAACUUGUACAAGUCUGCUGUCAGUCAGGUCACCAGGAUCUCUCCCCCUCUUUGGACUGGCCCGCCUGCUCAGGACAUGUCUUAUUAUACGAAAUCGAGCGGCACAAUCGAUGUGAUUGGUGGACAGUUGGCACCUAUCAGCAGAGUUGAGGGUCGACGCCGACAUAAUCUAGAGGGCAACAAUAUUCAGGUAAUCUCUGAGCACUCGACAUCAGAGGCUGAGCCUGCUCCGGCUAAGAUUCCCGCAUUCUUCCCUCCUGGACCACUUCCUCCAAACAUUCCCCCACCGCCAUUUCUCCCUCCGCCACCAAACGUCAGUACUGCACCCCCACUCAUCCCCCCACCCAGGUUGCCCAUUACUGUCCCUCCUCCUAGUUUUCCUCCACCAACUAGUGGGCCUCCUCCUUCUAUCAUCCCCACUAUGGACAGCAGCCAUCCAGGAGGUUAUGAUGGACGCUCUGUUCCUCCGUAUCCGUUUCCUCAAGGUGCUUACCCUCCCCCCAUGGUUGGAGGUGUGCCUCCUCCUUGGCCUCCGAUGAUAGAUAACUCCAAACCUUGGGAUUAUUAUUCCCGCCGAGAUGACAAAAGAGACAAGGACAGAGAAAGACCCAGAGAGAGGACACAUGAGCGGGAGCGAGAGAGGGAGCACAGCCCUUCAGCUAUGAGCUAUACCAGCGACGACGAGCGGUUUCGGUACCGUGAAUAUCAAGAGCGUGGUUACGCAGAACGCCACCGUGACCGUGCAAGCCGAGAGAAAGAGGAAAGACACAGAGAGAGGCGGCACAGAGAGAAAGAAGAGGGGCGCCACAAGUCCUCACGCAGCAGCAGUAGCAGGAGGAGGCACGACAGCGAGGAGGGGGACAGCCACCGGCGGCACAAACACAAGAAGAGCAAGAGGAGCAAGGAGGGCAAAGAGGCCAGCGAGGAGAUCAGCGGAGACCAAGAGAAUCAGGAAGCCAUGGAGUAGCGAUGACCACCUUCCAUCUUUCAUCCCUUCAUUUGUCUCCAUGCUGACUAGAAAGGGAGAAAAUGAACGAGAGACCAAGAAAACCAGAAAGUGGCUGAGUGACAGAUGGCCCUGUCACUCUCCUCUCCAUCAGUCUCCAUUCUCCUCCACCCUGCUGUCAUUCACCCUCACCAUCACAGAAUAAAUGGAGCAAAGGAGAAGGAGGUGAAGGAGGAACGGUCAUUCUCCUAACCCAUCUUUUCCAUCUGAUCAGGCAAAACAUCAUUUGGUCUUUAACCACCUCAUUUCUCUCUCUCUGCCCCUUCUUUCAGAGCACUGCUGUAAAUUAGGCUCAAAGAUUUCACUGUAUAGUCGCUAUGAUCAGCAGAAUUUGCUCUUCUUCUGUUGUUUGUAUGUUGUCCAUUUGUUCUUGUCCCCAAUGAAGACUUCCUUAGAAAGCUGUCAGUUAAGUUCAAUUAAACACUUUUUGAUAAGAUGUCUUUUUGUGACUUUUCUCGGAAUAAAUACUUCAUUGUCUACA